GGUCCAGCCGCCACGGGACUCCGGGCCUGGCGUCUGUGGUUACCGCACGCACACACACGCUGCGCCCAGAAUGAGGGUCGCGGCCCUGAUCAGGUAACUGAUGCUAGUUGACAGUGGGUGACAGUCUAGUGGUGGGAAGGACAGCUGUUACAACAUGAUGCAGUGCAUUGCCAAGGGGCAUCAAAUUGUUGCAUUAGCAAAUCUAAGACCAGAGGAAAACCAAGUAGAGUCAGAUGAAUUGGAUAGCUAUAUGUAUCAGACAGUGGGUCACCAUGCCAUUGACUUGUAUGCUGAAGCAAUGGCUCUGCCCCUGUACCGCAGAACCAUCAGAGGAAGGAGCUUGGAGACAGGAAGAGUGUAUACCAAAUGUGAAGGUGAUGAGGUUGAAGAUCUCUAUGAACUAUUGAAACUCGUUAAGGAAAAAGAAGAAAUAGAAGGGGUAUCAGUAGGUGCUAUACUUUCUGACUAUCAACGUGUACGAGUAGAAAAUGUAUGUAAACGACUCAAUCUCCAACCUUUAGCUUACCUUUGGCAGAGAAACCAGGAAGAUUUGCUCCGAGAGAUGAUAGCUUCUAAUAUCAAGGCCAUUAUCAUCAAAGUAGCAGCUUUGGGCUUAGAUCCUGAUAAGCAUCUUGGGAAAACCCUGGUUGAAAUGGAGCCUUAUCUUUUAGAGCUUUCCAAGAAGUACGGCGUCCACGUGUGUGGAGAAGGUGGGGAAUAUGAGACAUUCACGUUGGACUGCCCACUGUUCAAGAAGAAGAUCGUUGUAGACUCUUCAGAAGCAGUCAUCCACUCAGCUGAUGCAUUCGCACCUGUGGCUUAUCUGCGACUCUCAGGCCUGCACUUGGAAGAGAAGGUGCCUUCAGUGCCUGGGGAUGAUGAAACAACUAAUUAUAUACAUAAUUCUUAACAUUUAUGCUGCAUUUUAAUAUUAUGACCUACAUUUCUUACUACAUUUUUUUACUUCAUAAAAAAUAUUGGGGCCAUUGAAUAACUGGGAGAAUUUCAGUGAACUCUUCUCUGAUAUUGCCAUUUUCUUCAACUUACUUUCUUUUUAAAAAAAUAAUUUAUGUUUUAAAUUCCUAUUAGAUUAUUAUUAUAUAACCCCACUUUCCUCAGAACCCUACAAUAUACCCCUCUUUGCUCCUUUUCCAAUUUAUGGACACCAUUUUCAUUAGUGUUGUUAUAUGUCUCUCUCUCUUUCUCCCUCCCCCCCCCCCAUGUAAAUGUAUAUGUUGGUGUGUCUCUUUCUGGUCUCUUUCUGUCUCUGCCCUCCUCUAUUUCCCUACACACACACACACACACACACACACACACACACACACACUUUCAUAAAUACAGCCUGCCCAGACUAUAUAGCAUGGCCUGUAUUGUGUUUUCAGGGUUGGCCAUUUUCUGUUGGAUAACCAAUUGGUGUGCUCUUCCCCCAUGAGCUUCCACAUCCACUUUAGCAUUUCAGUCAGUGCCCUCCUUGUUCAGCCAAUGUUUAGGGAGCCAUGUUGGUGAGACAUCAUGAGUACAGCUCCUGAGACUCCUUGGAGAAGCCAACACCCUGAUCCUCUGGCUCUCACUGGCCUCCAUCUCUGUUUUACUUUUAUGUUGUAAUAAGUCUCGUGGCCUUUGUGCCACAUGCCCCUUUAUUACUCUGAUUUCUCUCCAGCUCUCUGUCUAUCGUUUCCUUGUCACACUUUUUUCUUCCCUCUCUUCCACAUCCCAUCAUGUCUUGAAAAGAGGCAUCAGAAGAUGAAGAAGACUCUGAUCUAGACAGUCAAGCUCAUUGUAAUCAGGUGUCACCACAGUGAUUUACCUUUUUUUGUUUUUUUAUAUAUUUAUUAUUUGAAACAUUCAACAUCAUUGGAUAAUCAGAUAUAUUAUCAUAAAUGGCUUGUUAUUUUAUAAUUGAUUUUAAAGAAUUUUUAAAUAUCACUUACAUAUACCUUAUACAUUUGUUUUGUAAAAAGACUAUUUUCCAAGAAUAAUUUUAUGUUCACUUCAAAACUGAAUGGAAAAGCACAAAAUGCCCAUGUAUAUUUUCUGUCCCAUUGGAACACUGUCUGCCUCAUAUCAGCAUACUACACCAGAGAGGUGUUUUGUAACCAAUAAACCCACAUUGCUAGCUCCUUAUCAAAGGUCAGUCUUUAACCUAAGUGGUGGCUCCCCCUAGAAUUCCGGAACUUGAGAGGUUGAGGCAGGAGCAGUGUUGUGAGAUGUGGCCUGGAUUACCUUGGCUUAAAAACAAACAAAAAAGUCAAAGUCAUAGUUUGUAUAAAAUCUCACAAUUGUGGUUUUACAUUCCCUGGGAUUUAACAAGUGUUCAAAGAUGUAUAUGCAUCAUUACAGUCAUGUAACACAGUAGUUUUACUGCCUUAAGAAGCCUGUGUGCUCUACCUGUUUAUCCUCUGUCUGCUCUAGCUCUUGGCAACUACUGAUCUCUAUGCUCUCUAGUUUGGCAUUUUUCAGAAUAUCAUGUGGUAGCAAUCCUUCACUUAUUAAUAUGUGUUUGGAUCCCUCAUUUCUUGUUAUGGCUGUUUCUACUUUUUGGCAAGUAUGAAUAAAGCUGCUAUCAACAUUCAUGUACAA